AUGAAAGCAAGGGACUUGUGCGAUAUUUGUAAAGUCAGUCCAGUGGACGAAGUUCUUAUUCAAGGUAGCUAUAAUUAUAAGUUAAUGGGAAGUGUACUUAUUAACCCUGAGCCAAGAUAUUCAGUCAUGCUACCAAUCGUCAGUUAAAAGGUGGAGCCCUUUUGAUUUGAGUGUUUGAGACAUAUAUGAUAUUGUAAUGACUUUCAGGGGAAAUAUGUAAAUGCCGUUUCUUGACUAAUAAAUGUUAAUUUGCUGGAGAAUUGCAAACUUAUCAAAAGAAGUUAGUCUUACUAUAAAUCGAUUUCGAAGAGUUUAUUCGAUAAAAUUUGUCUCCACACGCUUUAAUUAUCAGAACAAAAGAAUGUUAUAACAUGAGGACCUCACUCAGAGCACUCUUUUUUUUAUUCAUUAAUCAUAAAAUCUCUCAUAACGGUGACGUACAAGGUACUUUAUAUGGACCUCAUUCCUCUCUUUUAGCGAAAAAGUCAGUUGGUGAUGCUGGUAACGAGAUCGGAAUGGGAAAGGUCCACCAAAGGGUCGUCAAUGGCAUUGCAAAUGGACGACACAUCGCUAAUACGGUUGCUACUGACCAUUUGAUCACCUCGGGUGUUUCCAAUUGGGGUGGGUCGGCGUUAGUGGCAGCUCCGGCCAUCUUAAAUCAGUGCCCAGUGCACUCACCACACGUCAGAUGAGGAACUGUGCCUGACACACUUAUUGUUACCGAAGUCUUGAACACGGCGGAAAUGGUAAUGCCUUUAAUAAAGUCUUCUCUUUGCGCACCGAAUUGAUCCUCGAUAUUAGCUAACUUUAGGCUCUACAAUAAUUGUGGAACUCAAACAUCGGAGGCGUAAGGGUGUGACUCAGGAUACGAGAGAAAAAGAAAAGAAUUGAUAACAUUAAAAAUUGGAAAUUUACAUAUAUCUAUAAUUGUUUUCUUUUUCAGGAAGAGGACCAACUGAAGUGUAUCGUUGGGCUCGGGGUAUGUGACGGUAUAUUACAAAAGAGAGAGAUGUCUGUGAAUGGGCAACCAUUUCAUCUCGUCCACUAA